AUGGAUGCGCAAAAUAACCUAUUGGUUAAAUUUGCUGAUGAUAUAACGACAAGUGCUCCAGUAAAAUCAGGAUGGGAUUCUGCUGAGGCUGAGGUGGAAAGCAUUCAAAAUUGGUCGGAAGCAACUCAAAUAACAUUAAAUCUUUCUAAAACGUGGGAAAUGGUUGUGCACGGUGGGUCUAUGAAACCGUUACCGGCACCGAUUGUAGGCAUUGAACGAAAGAGCUGGUUGAAAUUAUUAGGUGUCACAUUUCAGGAAAAUCGGCCAUGUUGCUGGGAUUUUCAUAUCGAUGAUCUUCUGUCGAAGGCUAGUGGGCGUAUGUACAUAUUGAGAGUGUGUAGAUGCUAUGGUUACUCUGCAGAUCAGCUAAGCAAAUUAUUCAAUUCGCUAAUCAUGUCACUCUUUUACUAUUGCAUUGAAGUGUGGGGUUCUGCACUCCAAAAGAAAUAUUUGGAUCGUAUAGACAAGUUUUUCCGGCGGGCUUAUCGUUAUUGAUAUACGACAAAGAGUAUUAAGAUAUCUGAAGUGAUCGAGGAGAGAGACAGAAAAUUAUUUAGUAAAAUCGUAUCGAAUCCAGAACAUGCCCUACAUGAAUUGCUUCCUGUGUGUAAACAAAGUAUUUUAAGACAAAGGGAACAUAACUUUAUUUUACCUCAAAUUAAAACGGAACGAUUUAAACGAUCCUUCAUAAAUAGAUCUCUUUUCAAAUAUUUUUAACUUUCAUAUAAUUAAUUAGGAUCGAUCAAUUUUUUAACUGUAAUAAAUAGGAAUUUGAUAUUUGUAAAGUUGCACGUCUGUUGUGACUCUAGACAAUAAAGACUUUAAUAAUAAUAAAUAAUAAUAAUAAAAUCAUAAAGAGUUGCUUCAAAUGCAAAAAGUUGCCAAAAAGUUGCCGAGCAUAAUCUGUAGAAGCCUAACCUUCAGAGCUAAUGGACGUCAAUGGGCGCCAUCUAAUUGGCUUCACUUCAUGGGCCGAAUGACUGAUGUUCUUGCUCCAGGCCCUCCAGAUAUAUAGACAGCUCAUUGUACUAGCGAAGUAAUAACGUAAGAUCAAUAAGAUGACGUGCGCAAACAGAUUCGCGCGCACGAAAAUUUUUUCGUCUUUCGCUACUAAACUUGCCUCUAAUUUUCAUUCCUUUAGCACGGAAUAAAAGUAUUGAUGCCCAAGCACAAUGGUCAAUACGGUUAAAAUAUCAUGGCAUGGCAUGCAAAAACGGAGAAGAUUUCCACUGUCCGUGCAUGCGUAAGGUUUCCUAUGAAAUUGGAACCAUAAUUUUAUCCAAAUGGUUUCAAGCGAAAGUUACAUUAAUAAAAUAGAUUUGUACUGUGACACUCUGACAGAAAUGAUGUUCAAGGCACACCAGCAAACAUCACAGCUGUGCUACAUUUCAGCCAAAUUGUGAACUGCGAAGUAUAUUUGUCGAAGCUUACGUCGAAGCUUACUUCGACAGCGUCGUAAAAAUAUCCUUCCUGGUAUGUGUAUUAAUUUUAACUUGUUUUGUGCGUUUGUUUAUAUGAGUUUUCAUGUUUGUUGUUUUUGCUUGUUUUGUUAAAAUAUAUUUUGCCCGGUCAGGCUUCGCUACUGAACCGAAUUUCGCCGAAGCUAAGCUAAACUAAACUGUAAAAUUACAACACGACAACCAAUCAAUUCUGAUUUUCGUUCUUACAUAAAAACAAUAUCAAGAAAAACGAAAACAACGAAACCAUCAAAUGUGCCUGGUAUAAAUGUCCAGGUAAAUAUUUUAAAUUUUUAGUUUAUGUCACUAGCUGUUGUUUGAAAUGUAUUAAAUACUUAAUUCUGACGAAAACUGAGAGAAUUUAACUAUUUUAGUUCCAAAGAAAAGACGCAUGGUUGAUUAAAUUCCGCCUUUCGAAAUAUUUUUCUAGGGCAAUUUUUCCAUGUCACCAACAUCAUGAAAGAUUUUGGUAAUCCAUUCUUCAUACACACCGCUAUUGUUGCUGUGUCAAUAACAAUCUUUGAUAUGCUUCUCUUUGGAAGAUUUUUAAAAAGAUUUUAUUGAUUUGUUUAUUUUUCUCUGGUUUCUCUUUAUUUUCAUUGUCUGUUUGCAUCGUUAUUUGCAUUACACAUUUAUUCUUCCUAGCUAGAAUUCCUUCCUCUCUCUCCAUUCCUUCCUUCUUCCCCUUCCCCACUCCCUGUGUCCCUUCAUUUUUCCUUUUCCUCCUCCACUCUCCUUCUAUCCCUUCCUUCUGCUCUCCCCCCUUCCUGCCGCAUUCUUUCUUUUCCCUCUUCCUCCCUUCUUCAUCUGGAAUUCCCUUCCUUCAUUUCUUCCUCCCCGCGUCUCUUUUUUCCUAUCUGAUACCCCUUUCUAUCCCAUCUUUCCUUCUCCAUUUCUACAAUGUUCCUUCCUCUACCUCUCCUCAUAACUCCAAUUCAUCCUUCCGCCCUCCUUCCCUUAAUUGUUCCCCCGUCCCUACUCCCUUCCCUUCCUCCGUGGUCCCCUCCCCACAUGUAAUUCUAACCUAACAUAUUUUCAACUCCAAUUGCAGUCAGUGUAAAAGAAUAAAGAACCAAAAGCCAAACUCCAGCGAAGCUUCAGCUUGGACAGAAGUCUCCGAAAAUGUCGAAAUAUAACCAUAUUGGGUCGCAGUGGUCUAAGUAGACAGUGUUAUAGCCAGGGUCUAACCUUUGAUGGUGUCUAAACGUUUAUGGAAUUUGGAGUGCUAGCGCCAAAGGCGCGAGGAAUCUAGGGGGUCCGGGGGCACGGUCCACCGGGAAAAUAGAACGCUAUUUCACGUAUUUUAGGACGAGGUUUGAAGAAAUGCGAGGGUGUAAAUUUUCGAUUCGAAGUGCUUGUGCCAACGAAUGGACGAUCGGAAGUCGUUUGGCUUUAUCAUGUAUUAUGUAUACUAGUAGCGGCCGCAGUCAUCGAGUGCAAAGUGUCUAUUAGAGUCUCUAUCAAAGAAAAUAUUAGUCCAGCAAAAGAGGACCAAAAGGAGAACACUAUCAAAUAUAAAGUAAAUUUCAUUUUAAAAUAUGUAAUUAUAUGACAUAUUUUUACUUAAUAUACAUUACUAUGCCGAUCCUUGCAAAAUUGGGCCGCCUGUGGAGAAUCCAGAUAUUUGAUGAUCAUGUAAAACAACACUACAAAUCCACAAUAUACUUCUAAAAUGCGAUUUGUUUGAUAACAGCAAGGAUAUACAGCUUAAUUAAUUAAUUAAUUAAUUAAUUAAUUAAUUAAUUAAUUAAUUAAUUAAUUAAUUAAUUAAACAAGCUUUCGUUCGUAUGGACACAACUACCUGAAAAAUAUAAGGAAAAUUUCGACGUUUCGAGCGAGGGCCCUUCGUCUGGAGUUACCUUUAUCCCUACCAACGAAAGCUUGUAACACCACAAAACAUCGUAUUCACCUGAGUACAUAACACCGACACAGAGAAAGCUUGCUUGUAUUAUUGGCACUACCCAUACUGGCACAGACAGUUCAAGAUCACGAUAUACAACUUAAUCUGAUAAGUCAUGCAUUUUGUGACGUAGAAACCAUGACAUGUAUAUCUAACUGACUGAAAUAUCUCGAAAACGAAGAAACGCAAUGAAAAACUGGAACAUUUUUUACAUAGUUCUUAUACAUAAGAUAAUGAAAAUUUUCGUUUCAUAUGCACUUUAAAAAUAAUUCACACGUUAUCAUUGAGACAAGAUAACAAGAAACGGAAAUGGGUUGAUUUUGAACAAUGAAGUCUGUGAACACCAAAAUUAUGGAUGAGACUAAAUGAGAUCAACCGAAAAUAAAGUCAAAGACCUUUUUAUAUCACUGACACUAAUUAUAGAAUAAAACGCCCACACCUAAGACUAUAUAUCUUAAUAUACGCCAUCACUUAGUAGUUCCCUGCUGAUAAAUUUCAAAAGUUCACAAGCAAUGCACACAUGCAAUGAUAAUUUGGCAAAUAUAAUAGUAUAUACAUGCAUGUAUCUGACUGCAACCAAAAGCAACAAACGUGAAUGUCAUUGGCUGAUAGAACACAUCAGGCUGCAUUACAAAAUAUUCAUCAAACGUCAAGUGUUGAACAUCCAAUCGAUUGAUUUUUAGACUACUUUUACAUGUCCAAAUGAAAUUUUAGCUCUUCAACCAGCUUUUAAUUAAGCACAAGUUGGCAACGUCAAUCAUUUAAGUGUGAUCUCAAGCUAAGCCAAAAAAGGAGUUACGUGUUAUAUUGAAGACUACGAUUGUAUUUAAAACGUUUGACAAAUAAAAAAUUUCGGCCAUCCACACCGAUGGAUGAAGAGUGGAAAUUGGCUUACGAUAUGCAUUAUAUGAUUUUUGGGAUGGCAUUCUUACUUCUCACAGGUUCAUCACUUCAUGCCUUAAUACGUGGUCGUAACAUGCCAUUAUCUCGCAUCAAUUUCGCAGUUAACGGUGUCUUCGUUAUUUUUACUGCGGCUCUUGCUGUUUCAUCGCUACAUUAACAAAGAAAUACACCUAUCACCCUUGGCUUUCGAGCGAUUUCUAUUUAACGUAGGUUUUCCAUGUUUAGUAACUGCAUUCACUCGGAUUUGCUACCUUGGUCUGAAACAUGGAGUAAAUCACACACAGCUUGUAUUUGAUUUGGUGGUUGUGCAAUGUUACUUAUUCGUCAUCGCAGAAAGCUUAGAAACAAUGCUUCCCUGUGAUCAGCAUGUGGCACAAAACAUCAUUUCUUUACUGGCUGUCGGUUCUUUUAUGUGUGGACUGUGCGCCAUGAAUGUUUAUGGUAAGAUCUCCUAUGACGAUACUUCGGACGUCUGUACGCAGAUGGAAAAAUCGAACGUCGUGAGCGUAGAUAUCAUGGAAAGACCAAACUGUAAAACGGAAGGCAAUCGUAUGGAUAAGACGAGAAGUGAGAAUAGAGAAUCGACCGUCACUACUGUUAUAUCGUGUAUAGGCGGCUCCUGUGCUGUGAUGAAGCUGUGGGUUAUUUCAGGGAUUUUGAAGGUUUGGGACGGCGACAUGGAUAUGGAGAGUUGGUAUUCAUUGAUGUAUGCAAACAUACUUCGUAUGAUUGAGUUGGGAAAUUCUGCCAUGAUGUUGUAUCUCAUACACCGCCGCAUCACGCUCAAACGAAAGUCUUUUUUGCUGUAG